AUGAAUUGCCUUAUGUGCGAUUCUCCCACUAAUGAUGGUGUUCAGUGCAGUGUUUGUAAGCAUCACUUGUGUUUUUCUUGUGGAGGUAUUUCUGAGGCUGGAUAUAGAAAGCUGGGUUCAGACCGCAGGGCGUCAUGGAAGUGCCCGCAGUGUAAACUUACGCCGACUGCAGCUACAUCUCCCAAGAAACCCACUACUCCUACAACUGAUCCAGCAUCAAUAGAGUUGGUUCUAACAGAACUGCGUGAUAUGAAGCGCCAGAUUGCUAACUUGUGCACAGUAGUGGACGAGUUCAAAGAACUCAAAAAAGAAAUAUCGGAGUUAAAGGCGUCUUGUGAAUAUUCUUCAGCUAAGCUUGAUGAUUACGAUGAGAAAUUUUCGAGUAUGGACCGUAGAAUUGGUGAGAUUUCGAGUCUACAAGAUAUAGUAACAUCUAUCCAGAAUACCACGACUGGACGGAAAGCGAAUGUGGAGAAAAUGGAGCAGUGGACACGCUUAAGUAAUGUUGAGAUUAGGGGUGUUCCCUUAAAAAAGAUUGAGAAUUUGUUUACAAUCGCUGAAAACAUUGGUAAAUCAACCGGCUAUCAGAUUCUGAGGUCCCAGAUUAAUUAUAUUUCCAGAGUUCCUACGUACUCCAAAAAUAAAAAUAUAAUUAUAAGCUUUAUUAAUCGCUACGUUAAGGAAGAAUUUAUUGCUGCUGCGCCUGCCUUUAAAGAGUUAAAAGCAUCAGAUAUUGGGUUUAGCAACGACACACCGAGAAUUUUUGUAAAUGACCAUCUAACUCCAACAUCAAAAAUUCUACUAUCUAAAGCUAAACAGAAAGCCAACGAUCUAGGAUAUUGCUACAAGUGGGUUAAAUAUGGUAAAAUCCAUAUUCGAAAAAAUGAUACAUCACCCGUCGUCAUCAUCAGCAAAGACAGUGAUUUAAGCAAGAUUAUUUAA